GAUUCUUUGUGUAGAUGCACCAAGACCAAAUAUCGAUUCUCGACUAUUACAACAGAUAUGCAGAUAGCAUACAUAAAUUACAUGCUCGCCGCUAAAACAUCAGUCUAUAGUUGACCGAUCGACUUCGGAAAUCAAAUCGGGCUCUUCAAUAACCCACACUUGCACCCUCAACCCACUUGUCCCAUUGCUAGCAAACUUCAAACAAAAAAGGCAAAUUAUCUCCAACCCUACCGGGGUUGUGCCCUACCACCUGGCCAUGGCAGCAGCGGAGUUCAAUAAGGAACGCCAUAUCAAGUACUUCUUGCGUUGUCUCAAAACUCUGCUGCCAUAUCAGUACACAUCCGGCGACUCGGGCCGUAUCCUGCUGUCAUUUUUCGUCAUUGCCGGACUUGAUCUACUCGGCGCUCUAGAGAGCAGAACUACAGCGCAGGAGCGGCAGGGGUAUAUCAAUUGGCUGUAUCAUUGCCAGCACCCUUCCGGUGGAUUCCGGGGCUUCACGGGCACCAAUUUCGGGGACGAGAAACGUAGCCUCGACAAUGAAGCUUGGGACCCGGCGACUCUGCCGUCUACUUUCUUAGCACUGGAAACGCUACUGAUUCUGGGCGAUGAUCUGUCGCGUGUGAAGCGGGCAGAAUGUUUGGAAUGGCUGAGGAAGCUGCAACGCAAGAACGGCAGUUUUGGGGAGACGCUCGGUGUGGCUGAUGAGAUUGAGGGAGGAAAUGAUUUGAGGUUCUGUUACUGUGCAGCUGGUAUCAGAUAUUUGCUUCGUGGUCCGCAUAAGAGGGAUAUGCAGGAUGUGAAGGAUAUUGAUGUCCUGAAACUAAUUUAUUUUAUACAGUCCUGUCAGGCAUACGAAGGAGGGUUGGCUGAAUCGCCUUUUUGUGAGGCGCAUGCGGGUCAUACCUACUGUGGAAUAGGAGCUCUGUCCUUUUUGAAGAGGGCGGGUGAAACUGAGGAAGACAUUGGCAUCUUAUCCCUGCAAAGCGAUCAAUUCAACUCGCUCCUCAAAUGGCUUGUUUCGAGACAGACAACCGAACUUGAAGAACCCGAGGAGUCGGAUGAAGAGGAACAGCCUAGUUCUGAACCUCCAGACUCGUCGACUGGCCCCAUUCUAGACAUAUCGAAUGGAGUUUCAAGUUUGCCAGAUUUGGUACCACCAAACGCCGAAGCUCUGGCAUGGGCAGGCUUCAGUGGCCGAUGUAACAAACUUGCAGAUACUUGCUAUUGUUUCUGGGUAACAGGAGCGUUGGAUAUAGUAGAACGAAUCGCUCUCGUCGGUUCGUCCAGUCUUCGUCGAUAUCUUCUAGAGAAAACGCAGCAUGUCAUCGGAGGAUUUGGAAAAACCGUGGGCGAGACUCCUGAUAUAUAUCAUGCCUACCUCGGCAUGGUCAGUCUCGCCUUGAUUAAUGAACCGGGGCUCGAAGCAGCGGACGCAACUCUGUGCGCUGCGGCAAGACUCUCGCAGAGACUGGAGGCUUUGCCAUGGUGGCAGGCACGUAGAUAGAAGAUAAACAUACAACAUGCAACAUUGAAAGGAAGAGUAUUCAUACACAUUAAUUAAUAUAAAAGGCUUGAAGAUGCUAUAUAUAAUAAUGCAAAUG